AUGUCAUGUUCUACAACUACAAUUGUAACUCAAACUGCUUUAACACCAUGCUCUUCUCGAUCAAUGAGCAGGAAGCAUCCUCUAAGUGAAUCUAAUGAUGAAGAUAAUUCUAAACCAUGGUCAUGGUCGUGGAUUGAAAAUGAUAAACAUAUUAAAUCACCUAUACUCAAAACGCCAUAA